GAUUGAUGUACCGGGCCUCGCAUGGGCCUCGACUCCAUUGCAGAAAUCCCACUAAAAGGUCAGAGUCGAGAACUGAACGAUGAGCCAAGACAGCGGUGCUCAAGCGCCAGACACGUGAUGAAUGAAAUCGGGAUCUUGCUAAUGAAUACAAAAGGUCGCCUGACUCAAUCCCGACUUGUUUACUUCCUACCACCACCUUCUCUUCUGUCUCGAACCACCAAUGUCUUCCAACUCUCGUACUACUGAUUCCACCAUGCAUUCAGACCCAAUUCCAAUCAUGUCCCGUCGCGGCCGUUCAGCCUCGAUAUCUUCAUCGUCCUCUGGCUCUUCAAACUCUCCCACAGAGAUACCGACUCCAAUUUCCACCUCUUCCAGCCCUGUUCGUAUUGGCCCUGUUUCACCAGGAAGCUCCCCAAUACUCUCCUACGUUUUCUCCCAGUCGCCUACCAAAGCGCCUCCCGGCUCAGCUUCCACAUACCCGUUCAGAAAGUUCGGGCCUGCGCCGGUUUUCGAAGAGGAUGAGGAGAAGGAAAUACCUGUUGCAGCGCAUGCUCGACGAGCUAGCACUGCUGUAGCAGGUCGUUUUGCGCAGCCGCAGCUUAGUAUGCCUGAGCCUCACACAGAGCGCGGCACGGGCCUCUUACGAAGGCUCUCGAUGAGCAGCACUUUCGCAAAGCCCUCAGACAUGACGUCUCGAUCGCCGCCCAAUGCGCCACCCAAUUCGGCUGUUAACCCCACUGAGGGCAAGCAACUACCGUUUGCUCGAGACAGUCGACCUCGCCGCUCCGCCACCAUCAGUGUGGAUACCAAGCAGCGCAGGGCUCCAUCACCCAUGGGCGAGCGCAUUCUCAAGGGCCAUUUCGACGGCUUCAACUAAUCUUGCCUAUGCUUUCCUCGCUGAUUUUGUCGCUGGGUCUCACCACGCUCUCUUUCACCACCGUCAUUCUUGUUGGCAUUCCCUCCACAACAUAAUACCUGCAAUCGUUGUGGAUUGUACUACUCUAAGCAUUGACAGUCCAUUGACAAUCACCUUCGGAAACAUUUAUGCAUGGACUUCAAUGCGUUGUAAGCACCAUAGUCGUCAUCAAUGUAUAAUAUCCCUUGGUCAUCCUUCUCGUCGUCUGUUCUCGGUCCUAUCCUUCCCCUUGCUCACCCCAUAAUCAUUU